AUGGGAUCGGAACAUGGUGACGACGGGCUACGUCGGCGAGGCUGUUCAUGCACGAAAGAUGAUUUUCUCCCGGAGGAAUCAUUCAAAAGCAUGGGGAACUACUUUAGAGCCCUUAAGGAAACACCGAGUCGGUUCAUAGACCGUGUAAUGACUCGGUCAGUCGACUCGGCGGAGAUUCACGACAUGAAGGCACGUAGUGGUAACGAGAUGAAGAAAACGCUGACGUGGUGGGAUCUAAUGUGGUUCGGAGUCGGUGCGGUUAUCGGCUCAGGAAUAUUCGUUCUCACCGGACAAGAAGCACGGGAUGAGUCCGGUCCAGCAGUCGUGUUGUCCUUUGUCGUCUCAGGUGUCUCCGCCAUGCUCUCCGUGUUUUGUUACACCGAGUUCGCCGUCGAGAUUCCUGUCGCAGGCGGUUCUUUCGCCUACUUAAGAGUAGAGCUUGGCGACUUCAUGGCUUUCAUCGCCGCUGGAAAUAUAAUCCUGGAAUACGUAGUCGGUGGAGCUGCCGUGGCACGAUCAUGGACCUCUUACUUCGCCACUCUCUUAAACCACAAACCUGACGACUUCCGCAUAAUAGCUCACAGUCUCGGCGAAGACUAUGGCCACCUAGACCCAAUAGCCGUCGGUGUUUGCGCCAUCAUUUGCGUUCUCGCCGUUAUUGGCACAAAAGGCUCAUCAGUCUUCAACUACAUUGCUUCUAUGAUCCAUAUGGUCGUCAUUGCAUUCGUGAUAAUCGCUGGAUUAACCAGAGCUGACCUCAAAAACUAUUCAGACUUCGCUCCUUUUGGAGCUAGAGGAGUGUUCAAAUCCGCGUCGGUGCUGUUCUUUGCGUAUAUUGGAUUUGAUGCGGUUUCAACGAUGGCUGAGGAGACAAAGAACCCUGGGAGAGAUAUUCCCAUUGGUCUUGUCGGCUCAAUGGUGGUUACAACGGUUUGUUAUUGUCUGAUGGCGGUAACGUUGUGUCUCAUGCAACCUUAUGGUCAGAUUGAUCCGGACGCGCCGUUUUCUGUCGCGUUCUCGGCGGUUGGAUGGGAUUGGGCUAAGUACAUUGUCGCGUUUGGUGCUCUUAAAGGUAUGACAACAGUUUUGUUAGUUGGAGCCAUAGGCCAAGCUAGGUACAUGACGCACAUAGCCCGUGCCCACAUGAUGCCACCAUGGCUAGCUCAUGUCAACGCAAAGACCGGGACACCCAUCAACGCGACAGUGGUCAUGCUUGCCGCUACAGCUCUCAUCGCGUUCUUCACAAAACUUGGUAUCUUAGCCGAUCUCUUAUCCGUGUCCACACUUUUCAUCUUCAUGUUCGUCGCGGUGGCUCUUCUCGUCAGGAGAUACUACGUCACCGGAGAAACAUCUUCCCGUGACCGGAACAAGUUCUUGUUGUUCUUAGGUUUGAUUCUUGCAUCCUCGAUCGCGACAGCUGUGUACUGGGCGAUGGAAAAAGAUGGUUGGAUUGUAUAUGCCGUUACGGUUCCUGUUUGGUUCUUGUCUACCGUUGGGAUGAAGUUUCUUGUGCCGCAAGCUAGGGCUCCGAAACUAUGGGGUGUUCCUUUGGUUCCGUGGUUGCCUUCUGCUUCGAUCGCUAUUAAUAUCUUUCUUCUUGGUUCGAUAGAUGAGAAAUCGUUCGUUAGGUUUGGGAUAUGGACUGCUGUUCUUCUUGUUUACUACUUCUUGUUUGGCUUGCACGCAACUUAUGAUACAGCGAAGGCGACGCAAAAGGAGAAGUUGACGUUGAAGAAUGCUGAGGAAGGUAGUGUUGUUGUUGCAGAAAAAUAUGGUCCUCCAACUUUAGAUCACUAGCUAGCUGGUUUUAAUAAUCACUACAAAGGUUGAUUUUAAGCUUUUGGUUUAUAAGUUGUUGGAUACUUCUGAGUUCUGACCGGUUUGGAAAGUACAAAUAAUG